UAAUUGAAAACCUGUUUGCUUCUGCAAAAUCAUCAAUUAAGCUUUUUUUGUUGGAGAAGGCAAAAGUAAAUCUAUAAAAGCCUUGGAUUGUAUGUAGUGGAAGUCACUUUGUCCUCAAGAGGAAGAAGCGUUGCUCUGCAUAUAGGAACAAUACAAUCAUGCGAUUGCUGAGUGUAGUUGUGCUUUGCGUUGCUGCUCUGCAUUGCACAGACGCUAUUGCCUUGAAAACAUGCGAGCGUGACUAUAAGAAAAUCGGGUGUUACGACGAAUACUACACUAAGAAAAGUGAUCUCAUUUUCUCCCAACGACACCAAGUUCAAUGGGGAGACAUAGCGGCAUUUAUGCAUCACCUGGCCUGUACGUGCAACGAGGAGGUGAAGAAGCAAAAUGAGAAAAGAGCGACUUCUGGAAAAGAAGCUUAUGUUGGAUUUGCAUUGCAUUACUGGGGUGAAUGCUUCGGCAAAACAAAGUCGCAGACCGAUGCUCUGAUGGGCAAAGACAAGUCACACCGCUGCACAGGCAGUCAAGACUAUGCUGGCUGCUCUGACGAGCACGCUGAAUGUGUUGGACAUGCCAAUGCAGAGUAUGUUUACAUGCUGCCUUCAAAAUCUGAAGAAAGUGUUGAUGGUGGUUAUACUGAAUGGAUGGAUUGGACCUCCUGUACUGGCAGAUGUGGACAAGGAUACAAAGUUCGGGAAAGAACAUGCACAAACCCAGUACCAAAAGGCAAGGGAAAGGAUUGCAGCGACCUUGGUAACAGCACAGAAAUAGGAGCUUGUGACACAGGAAAACCAUGUCCAGUGGAUGGAAAAUAUGGACCAUGGAAAAAUUUUGGUGCCUGCACAAAAUCUUGCGGUGGUGGAAACCAAACAAGAACAAGACCUUGCAACAACCCAGCACCAAGUCACGGUGGCAAGGAAUGUGAAGGACCUGCAUCAGAAUCGCGUCCUUGCAAUGUUGAAAGCUGUCCAGUUGAUGGAAAAUAUGGACCAUGGGGAAGUUUUGGUCUUUGCAGCACGACUUGUGGAGGUGGAGUCAAGAGAAGAACAAGGAGUUGCACUAACCCAAGUCCAAGCCAUGGUGGAAAAGAGUGCGAGGGAGCUGCUUUGGAAACACUUUCAUGUAAUACCCAGAAUUGCCCAGUAAAUGGAGGCUACUCAAGCUGGGGAGGAUAUGGCAGCUGUAGCAAGAGCUGUGGGGGUGGCAAAAAGACAAGAACAAGAUAUUGCAACAAUCCUUCUCCCAAAUAUGGAGGUGAAGGAUGCGGUCGAUUUGGGUCUGCAACACAAACCGCCUCUUGCAAUACUCAUGUAUGCCUUUCACAAGAAUACACUAAAAGGGUGUGCGAAGGUGGUAAUGUUCACUUGAGCUGCGGAGGCAGCUCGCGAAUAACGCUAACCCACGCACUGUAUGGAAGAAAAACAAAAUCGAUAUGUGGAGGCUCUUCGUAUUUCUGGAGCACUAAUUGUGGUGCUGGCAGUUCGUGGUCAAAGGUUCAUGAGUCAUGUGAAGGAAGACAAUCGUGCUCAGUGGGUGCGAGUAAUUCUGUUUUUGGAGAUCCUUGCCGGGGUACACCGAAAUAUCUGGAAGUCAAAUUUAGAUGCAAAGGUUGGGCGGAUCCAGCAAAAAACCUGACUGAGUUCCAGGCCAAGGCUAGGGUCAAGGCAAGGAACAAUACAGUCAUGCGUUUGCUGAGCGUAGUUGUGCUUUGCAUUGCUGCUCUGCAUUGCACAGACGCUCUUGCCUUGAAGACAUGUGAGCGUGACUUUAAGAAGAUCGGGUGUUACGACGAAUAUUACGCUAAAAAAGGCGACUUAAUUUUCUCCCAACGAGACGAAGUUCUAUGGGGAGACAUAGCGGCAUUUAUGCAUCACCUGGCGUGUAGAUGCAACGAGGAGGUGAAGAAGAAAAAUGAGAAGAGAGCGACUACUGGAAAAGAAGCUUAUGUUGGAUUUGCAUUGCAUUACUGGGGUGAAUGCUUCGGCAAAACAAAAUCGCAGACCGAUGCUCUGAUGGGCAAAGACAAGUCACACCGCUGCACAGGCAGUCAAGACUAUGCUGGCUGCGCUGACGAGCACGCUGAAUGUGUUGGACAUGCCAAUGCAGAGUAUGUUUACAUGCUGCCUUCAAAAUCUGAAGAAAGUGUUGAUGGUGGUUAUACUGAAUGGAUGGAUUGGACCCCCUGUACUGGCAGAUGUGGAAAGGGAUACAAAGUUCGGGAAAGAACAUGCACAAACCCAGUACCAAAAGGCAAGGGAAAGGAUUGCAGCGACCUUGGUAACAGCACAGAAAUAGGAGCUUGUGACACAGGAAAACCAUGUCCAGUGGAUGGAAAAUAUGGACCAUGGAAAAAUUUUGGUGCCUGCACAAAAUCUUGCGGUGGUGGAAACCAAACAAGAACAAGACCUUGCAACAACCCAGCACCAAGUCACGGUGGCAAGGAAUGUGAAGGACCUGCAUCAGAAUCGCGUCCUUGCAAUGUUGAAAGCUGUCCAGUUGAUGGAAAAUAUGGACCAUGGGGAAGUUUUGGUCUUUGCAGCACGACUUGUGGAGGUGGAGUCAAGAGAAGAACAAGGAGUUGCACUAACCCAAGUCCAAGCCAUGGUGGAAAAGAGUGCGAGGGAGCUGCUUUGGAAACACUUUCAUGUAAUACCCAGAAUUGCCCAGUAAAUGGAGGCUACUCAAGCUGGGGAGGAUAUGGCAGCUGUAGCAAGAGCUGUGGGGGUGGCAAAAAGACAAGAACAAGAUAUUGCAACAAUCCUUCUCCCAAAUAUGGAGGUGAAGGAUGCGGUCGAUUUGGGUCUGCAACACAAACCGCCUCUUGCAAUACUCAUGUAUGCCUUUCACAAGAAUACACUAAAAGGGUGUGCGAAGGUGGUAAUGUUCACUUGAGCUGCGGAGGCAGCUCGCGAAUAACGCUAACCCAUGCACUGUAUGGAAGAAAAACAAAAUCGAUAUGUGGAGGCUCUUCGUUUUUCUGGAGCACUAAUUGUGGUGCUGGCAGUUCGUGGUCAAAGGUUCAUGAGUCAUGUGAAGGAAGACAAUCGUGCUCAGUGGGUGCGAGUAAUUCUGUUUUUGGAGAUCCUUGCCGGGGUACACCGAAAUAUCUGGAAGUCAAAUUUAGAUGCAAAGUUUUAAUUUAUGACUCAAGUACUCGAGGCAUCGCUGCUGACCGACAAUCUUUCAAAAUGUCCGCCUCCUUUACUGACAAGAAAUUUGAGGAGGCUUUAGAACUGGCAUGUAGAAGGUACAUGUCAAUCGAAAACUUGUAUGAAAAUUUACAUCAGGAGCAGAAAGUGGCAAUGCGAAAACUACUUGGAGGAAAUGAUAUAUUUUUCAGUGCUCCUACGGGCUUUGGAAAAUCAUUGAUUUUUCAGAUUUUACCGAUAAUGACUGACAUCAUAUUGGAUCAGCUCCCAGGAACAAGCACAGUUAUUGUGAUAUCACCGUUAAAAUCGCUGAUGAUCGACCAAGUUUCCUUUUUAAAUAAAGAGACAGGAAUUACGGCCAUCGCAUUGACAGACACAAAUGAGAUGGAAAGCGAUGAAUUAUUUGAACAUAUAACUGAAGAUUGCAUAUCAUUGAUUUACGCAUCACCUGAAACUUUGCUUUCAAUUAAACGUUGGAGAACCAUUGCAUCAUCGCCUGCAUUUAGAAAAAACUGUGUUGGCUUGAUUAUUGAUGAAGCACACUGUCUUAUUCACUGGAACAAUACAAUCAUGCGUUUGCUGAGUGUAGUUGUGCUUUGCGUUGCUGCUCUGCAUUGCACAGACGCUCUUGCCUUGAAGACAUGUGAGCGUGACUUUAAGAAGAUCGGGUGUUACGACGAAUAUUACGCUAAAAAAGGCGACUUAAUUUUCUCCCAACGAGACGAAGUUCUAUGGGGAGACAUAGCGGCAUUUAUGCAUCACCUGGCCUGUAGAUGCAACGAGGAGGUGAAGAAGAAAAAUGAGAAAAGAGCGACUACUGGAAAAGAAGCUUAUGUUGGAUUUGCAUUGCAUUACUGGGGUGAAUGCUUCGGCAAAACAAAAUCGCAGACCGAUGCUCUGAUGGACAAAGACAAGUCACACCGCUGCACAGGCAGUCAAGACUAUGCUGGCUGCGCUGACGAGCACGCUGAAUGUGUUGGACAUGCCAAUGCAGACCCCAAUCCGACUGUCCUUUUCCCUCCAUUUCGGGAAAGAACAUGCACAAACCCAGUACCAAAAGGCAAGGGAAAGGAUUGCAGCGACCUUGGUAACAGCACAGAAAUAGGAGCUUGUGACACAGGAAAACCAUGUCCAGUGGAUGGAGAAUAUGGACCAUGGAAAAAUUUUGGUGCCUGCACAAAAUCUUGCGGUGGUGGAAACCAAACAAGAACAAGACCUUGCAACAACCCAGCACCAAGUCACGGUGGCAAGGAAUGUGAAGGACCUGCAUCAGAAUCGCGCCCUUGCAAUGUUGAAAGCUGUCCAGUUGAUGGAAAAUAUGGACCAUGGGGAAGUUUUGGUCUUUGCAGCACGACUUGUGGAGGUGGAGUCAAGAGAAGAACAAGGAGUUGCACUAACCCAAGUCCAAGCCAUGGUGGAAAAGAGUGCAAGGGGGCUGCUUUGGAAACACUUUCAUGUAAUACCCAGAAUUGCCCAGUAAAUGGAGGCUACUCUAGCUGGGGGAGAUAUGGCAGCUGUAGCAAGAGCUGUGGGGGUGGCAAAAAGACAAGAACAAGAUCUUGCAACCAUCCUCCUCCCAAACAUGGAGGGAAAGGAUGCAGUCGAUUGGGGUCUGCAACACAAACCGCCUCUUGCAAUACUCAUGUAUGCCUUUCACAAGAAUACACCAAAAGGGCUUGCGAAAAUGGUAAUGUUCACUUGAGCUGCGGAGGCAGCUCGCGAAUAAAGAUAACCCAUGCACUGUAUGGAAGGAAAACAAAUUCAAUAUGUGGAGGAGCCUUGUCGUUUAUCUGGAGCACUAAUUGUGGUGCUGGCAGUUCGUGGUCAAAGGUUCUUGGGUCAUGUGAAGGAAGACAAUCGUGCUCAGUGGGUGCGAGAAAUUCUGUUUUUGGAGAUCCUUGCUGGGGUACACCGAAAUAUCUGGAAGUCAAAUUUAGAUGCAAAGGAACAAAGAACAUUAUAAAUAGAUCAACAAGCAGUGGCAAUCACAUUAGGGUUGAUGAAGAAAAAGGCAAGAGAUCAAUCCAAAAUAAAUUGUGUCGAGUGAAAAAAAGAGACAAUUCCAAUAUGAAAGCUAUACUUUGCUGUUUGUUCCUAGCAGUUAUCUGCAUUGAAGGCAGGCACACGACUUGCGAGAGGAAGUAUGACAACAUUGGUUGCUUUAAACAGUACAGUGCAGACGUCAAAGACCUGAUCAUCAAUGACAGGGACUCAAUUGACUGGAAUAACAUUGAAGCUUACAUGCACAGUCUGGCAUGCCGGUGUGACGAAGAAACACGAAAGAAGAACCAAGGCAGAACAGCCUCAGACGUGUAUGUCGGUUUUGCAUUACAUUACUAUGGUGAAUGCUAUGGAAAGACAGCGGAACAGUUGAAAAAGCUGCUGGAUAUGACCCAUAAAGGUCACCUUUGCAUUGGGGAUCAGACAUAUUCAGGCUGCAAACAUGGCAUUCACAAAGAAUGUGUUGGGGUUGCCAACGCAGAAUACAUUUACAAGUUCAAAAGCAGAGCUCCUAAAAAUGUCGACGGUGGCUUUGCUGAAUGGGGUGGAUGGACAAAAUGCCAGUCGGAGUGCGGCCCAGGGAUAAGAAUAAGAGAGCGCACAUGCACCAACCCAGAACCGCAAGGUGAAGGAAAAGACUGCUCUUCACUUGGCGAAAGCACGCAGAGUCAGCCAUGUAUGAGCAAAGCAUGCCCAGUUGACGGUGGCUUUUCCAGCUGGAGCACUUAUGGCACAUGUAGCAAGUCAUGUGCUGGAGGUGUACAGGAAAGAACAAGAAGCUGCACGAACCCAGCCCCAGCAAAUGGGGGAAAAAACUGUGACGGAGGGACAGAGCAAACACGUGUCUGCAAUCCUGCACCUUGUCCAGUUCAUGGUGGAUGGUCACAAUGGACAUCUUUUGACAUGUGCACAAAACGAUGCGGAGGGGGGAAACAAAAACGUAUCCGCGGCUGCACAAAUCCACCACCAAUGUAUGGCGGGAAUGACUGUGUUGGGAAAUCUGUAGAGACCAAAAACUGCAACGAGAGUCCUUGUCCAGUUCAUGGUGGAUACACGGCGUGGACUGGCUAUGGUUCCUGCUCCAAAUCAUGUGGAGGAGGCUCGCAAUAUAGAAGCCGCACAUGUACUAACCCAAGGCCAGCACACGGCGGUAGAAACUGCGAUGCUUUCGGGCCAAGAACAGAAGCAAGACCAUGUAAUCAACAAGCAUGUCCAAUUAAAGAAUACAGCAAGACUUGUUGUGAGGGCCAUUCCAUAGUGGCUUCGUGCAGUGGCAGUGACAGAAUCUCUAUUCGGUACGCAAUGUAUGGCAGAAGAAACAAGAGUACAUGCAAAAACUGGUUGACCUGGGCGAUGCGUACCGACUGUUCGGCUGGUAAUGCAUACAACAAAGUAAAAUCCGCAUGCAAUGGGCAAAGAAGCUGUAGAAUCUACGCGAAAAACAGCAUGUUUGGAGAUCCAUGCUGGGGGACGACUAAGUACCUAAAAGUGACAUACCGAUGCCAGUAAUGGGAUACCCUGGUACCAGAUAUAAGUAGUGGAACAUACCUUAGAAGCCAAGUAUACCUUAUUUACAAGUAGUGUUAAGCCAAUACAUCAUUAUUUAUUGUCCACAAAUACUAAAACAAAGACAACUCAUGCAUGCAUAUACACUGUUAUCCUGAAGUUGGUCCUUCACUGUUUCUAGUCUGUACCUUAUUCUAACAUCUUCAGGCUGGAAAGGCAUCUUUCGGGCUGAAAGGAAGUCCUAUCUCAUCACUACCCUAAUAUAUCUCGGGGAAAAGGGUUUUUUACAGGGAUUGUAAAACUAAGGAAAAUUGUCAUUUAGAGGAAAAUUGUCAAGAUAAAACUUGAGGUCUAAAUGCACGCACAUUUGUCACAAAAGCAUUUCUUGCUAGGUAUAAGGCUUAGUCGGUGCAACAUAUUUCCAAAUUGUUGCACUAUUAGAAAAUGUUCAUUGAAGUCUAAUGAAAGUUUAGUAACCCUCGCUACACUAUGCUCAACUUAACUAAACAAAAGAUGAGUGAAAGAUUAAUGAAAUGUUUAAAGUUUAGAAAGAGCUUUAACAUAAUUCUGAUAUAAACGUUCUUACUCGUUAAGAAUAUUUAAAUCACAACAUGUCUAAGUGCCGUUUACGUUUUCAAGCUUGAGAAGCUCUGCGUUAAAAAGCGAGCAAAGCACACAAAAAAUUGAAAAGAUGUCACGUAAAAGAGUCUGUUUAUAGAAACAGAAAGUUUAAUCG